CUCCUCUCCAGAGACUCAGGAAGAGGAAGUCCUCCCUCCGUCCCCUCUGAGCUGUGGUUCAGUCUGAGGCUCAGUCAGCAGUGAGACAUCAUGGAGGUCACAGCUCUCUGCUUCAGACUGAUGAUGGUUCUGAUGGUUCUGUUGGACUCUAACGUUCACUCACAAACAGACAGUUCAUUGUUUCUCAUCGUUCCAAACAGACUUCAGUUCUUUCAAUAUGAGUCUGUGUCGUUUCACUGUGAGCUUCCUGAUGGGUCAUCUCAGCUGAGAGGAAUCAGGAAUAAUAACCAGUUUGUUCCUAACUGUGAUAUGAGAAGAACAUUAACCUGUAAUAUUGAGCCAGCCUAUGACACAGACAGUGGAGAGUACUGGUGUGAGACUGAAGGAGGAGAGAGAAGCAGCACAGUCAACAUCACUGUCACUGCUGGUCCUGUGAUCCUGGAGAGUCCUGCUCGUCCUGUGAUGGAGGGAGAUGAUGUGACUCUGCACUGCAGAAACAAGAUAAAGUCCAUCAACCUCCAGGCUGGUUUCUACAAAGACGGUAUAUUAAUGAAGAGAAGUUCUGUAGGAGAGAUGACCAUUAACAAUGUCUCCAGGUCUGAUGAAGGACUGUACAGGUGCAGCAUCUCUGGUGUUGGAGACUCAGCAGAGAGCAGACUGACUGUCAGAGAACCUCAGCCUUCCCACCAUCGCUCCUCUGACAUCCUCAUCCCGCUGUGGAUUUCUGUCACGUUGACAUUAGUCCUGGUUCUGCUGCUGCUGCUGGGACUCUUUCAUUUCAGGAACCACAGAGUCUUUUUGCCUUUGUAUUCGUCGGUUUUCUCAGAGACACAAACAGCAGCGUCACACUCAGGUGAAAACCAACAAACAGUCUCUGCAGAGGACGAUGCAGACGGUUUAACGUACGCAGUUGUCGUCAAAAAACGGAGAAAGAACGAAGACGCUGCAGACGCUGCUGAUCAUUUGAGCCUCUGCCUUCAGACAAACCACAGCAGAGACCCACAGACAGAAGAAGGUCACAAAGAGCAGAGACGCCUGACUGAAGGAGAGAGGAGAGGCAGGUUCACUGAGCAAAGAGCGACACAUGAUUACUAACUUUACAUUUAGUAGAUUUGCUGAUUUAUUUCAGUACAGUACAGAUGUUUCCUGCUCUUACCAAACUAAAAUAAAACCAUGGAAUCAGUAUUAUCUGUCUUUGUGUUUCCUCUGUAACUGAACAAACAGAAGCUGUAUUUUGUAGAUGACAUUAGAAAUGUUAUUAAUUCAGUAAACACUGUGUUUUAUUUAUUACUCAUAGCUUUUAUAUUAUUGCUGUAAAUACUUGAUACUGUACAGUGUGAGGUGUGUCAGUGUCUGUUUAUAUCAGUGUUCAAACCACUCAGGGAAGGUUUCACUAACAAGAAGUAGAAAAAGACUCUGUGUAUUUAUAUGAUUAAUAUGAUUCGUUAUUUUUGACUGAAGUUUCCUGAAAUAGUUUUAAUCUGAGUAAAAAUGUAAAAGUCCUUUUUCUUUUUUCAUGAAUGUAUUUUCUGCUAAAAUGUAAAAUGUCCUUUAAACAUUAAUGAUGACGUUCAGAGACUCUGAGCCUUUACCUUUUGGUUCUUGUGUGUGAUUGGUCAGUGAAGGUGAUCAGUGAUUGUGAUUGGUCACAGGUGCGGAAGAGGAGCCACGAAGAGAGGCGCGCGGAGCGGGAGGAGCGAAAGACGCUAAGGUGGAUUCGAGAAACCAGAACCAGUCUCUGUAAACACGGUUCUGAGCUCAGUCUCAGCUGAUUCACUGAGUGGUUCGUGCGCGCGUGUUUGUAUGCGCUCGUGUUGGUGCACUCCGACGUCAGAGGAGCGCGUGUGUUUUCUCUGAGGAGGAUUUCAGCGUCGCAGUCGUCUGGUUUCUCCUCAGGACCGACCCCGAGCUGUGAGCUGGACCCUGAGAGUCCUGGUGUUUGAGGAGGAUUCUGCAGCGGUCAGGCCUGUAACCUUUUUUU